AUGCAAAAAAAGGCAAAAAAGGUGUUUGACGGGUGGAAAGCUGAAGACAAGCAGGCGAUAGCAGCCGAAGUGGAUCGGCAGGAGAAGAAGGCAGCAAAGCAAGUGCGCCGUGAAGAGGCCAAGUUACGACACGAAUGGCGCACCAAGUUGAACGAACAGCGCAUGCAAAAGCAGCGGCAGAUGCAACUGCUCGCACAAGAUCGGGCGAUGCGGCGGCAGCGACGGCCUCCACAAGAAGACAGCGAUGGAACCGCGUCCGACGAGUCCAAGGAAGACGAGCAACGAGAUGGAACCCCCGCCACCAUCCGUUUGCCGAAUCAACAACGACCCAUGCCACCACCACCACCGGCAUCGCCCUCGCAACCUACGGCAGACAUGUCGCCAUCUAUGUCUGCAACCACUUUAGCAACGCCAAAACCAUUGGAACCAGUUGACACCUUGACCUUGAUCAACUCGACGUUGAUGGACUCAGCUGCCACGCUGGAGAAGAAGCGGUCGAUGGUUUCCGCCGCAGAUUCGGAAGGCGACUUGGAGGGGGAGGAUUCGGAAGGCGACUUGGAGGGGGAGGAUUCGGAAGGCGACUUGGAGGGGGAGGAUUCGGAAGGCGACAUGUUCGGGAAGGACGGGAAGGGUCGGUGA